AUGUCUUCCAACAACCAGAGCAUGGCCCAGCAGGUUCGCGACAGCCAGCCUCAGAUGUUCCUAUCUCUGGCUCCCACGACCUCUGCCUCUUACCCUACUGCUCAGAGCAUCAAGCCUGCCCUUCAACAACAUGCCCGCCGUAGCUCCAGCCAGAGCAGCGUCGGAAGCGUAAACAGCCUACGCUUCCUGAAGUUGGGCCCCGUCCACUACGGCGAGCACCCCGGCGAGCACAAGGAGGACUUCCACGAGGUCGCCGUCGAAGAAGAAAAAAUUGGACACGGCGACAUCAUGGCUAAGCUUCACGACAUGAAAAAUCAUUACGAUCUACAUCCAUUAUAG